AUGCGCUUCUCCACGCGCAAUGCCUUCUACCUAAGGGCAUCAAACUACCGCGUCGUGCCGCUGUUCCUCUACCUCGACGAGCGCCAUGUCGACUGGAUGAGCGAGAAGGUGCUCAAUCUCGUCAUCGAGGAUCUCAAGGACAAGAUGGAGGAGCUCCUCACGAUCGAGCGGUACGAGAAGAAGCACCGCGUACACGUUGAGCGUGGAGACACAUACCAGUACUGCUACUUCCUUCGCAAGACGACAAGGACUGAAGUCGUGCUUCUCAAGAAAAAGACGUUCUCAUUGCGCCCACCAUCACCCCCACCUCCAGCUCCAGAGCCUGCGCCUUCAAGCCGGAAACGCAAAGCCCCGCCACGGAGCUCGCGCGCGAGGACGCGCUCUGAGAGUGUGCGCGCCGACGCAGACGAGGACGACGCAGAUGAGAUCCAGGUAAAGACAGAGGACGGGGACUUUGUGCCCGAGGACGCGCCGUCCCCACCAGAGACGAGCAUCAAGGACUGGAAGCCAGACGUCAAGCUCGCAUAUCAAGGCUUUGGCACCUCGUCGGUGCAGCUCGUGCUCAUCGUGGAGCCGUACCCGCCCCUCCCACCAAGCCAGUACGCGCCGCCGCUCUCGCGCCUGUCUACGCGCAGCGCGUCGAUUGCGGCGUCCCGUUCGCGCUCGCGCACGCAGGCAGGCGGCGGGGGCACGCGAUACUCGUCUACGUCGCUCGCCCUCGGCGCGCCCAAGCGCGCGACGCCGCAGGUACACGCGCCGAACAUGCGCAAUGCGAGCCGCAGCGUGUCGGCGACACCCGUGCCCAACUCGCGGCGCGGCGGCUCGAGAGACUUCAGCGUCACCCCCGGCCCUGGCGCCAUUGGGGCAAACCGCGCACCGCUCUUCAUCCCCCGCGACACGCCGUUCGACGAGGACGAGGAAGACGAGGACGAGCACGAGGCAUACGCUACCGCACUGCGGGAGGGACGGCUGCGUCUUCCGUCUGUCAUGGAGCGCGAGGACUAUGACGACGACGAGGAGAACCCCGACGACAUGCCCGAGACUAUGAUGGCUAUUGGCGAGCGGCUGGUGCGCGCGUCGCAGAUUGAGGAGAAUGUGAUUCGGAGCGUUGGCGGUUGGGAGGAGCGGGGUGAGGGUGAGGAGAGCGCGGUGUUGGGGCGCGAGGAGCCUGGAGAGUAG